GCCGCUGCCACUGCCGCGCCGCUGCCACCGCCGCUGCUGCCGCCUGCCGCGACCGCGCCGCUGCCGCCGCUGCCGCCUGCCGCUGCCGCUGCCGCUGCCGCUGCCACUUUCCGCCGCCGCCGCCUCUGCUGCCGAUCUGCCGCUGCUGCUGCCGCUGCCGCCGCCGCGCCGCCUGCCACUGCCACCACGCCGCCUGCUGCCUGCCGCCACCACCUGCCACUGCCCUGCCACCUGCCUGCCACCGCCUGCCUGCCGCCUGCCGCCGCCACUGCCGCUGCCACCUGCCUGCCACAUGCUGCCUGCAUGCCGCCGCCACUGCCUGCCUGCCUGCCUGCCGCCGCCGCCACUGCUGCCACCGCCGCUGCCCCGCCACUGCCGGUUGCCACUGCCGCCGCCGCCGCCGCCGCCGCUGCCACCGAAUGCCCGCUCGCUGCCGCCGCCGUGGCCGAUUUUGCCGGCACUGCCGCCGCCUCCGCCGCCGCCGUCCGCCGCCACUGCCGUCCGCCGCCGCCGCUCACUGCCGCCGCCGUCGCCACCACUGCCGUCGCCACUGCCGCCGCUGCCAGUGCUGCCCACUGCCUGCCGCCGCCGUGUUAUGCCGUCGCACUGCCGCCGCCGCUGCCGCCGCCGCUGCCCGCUGCCGCCGCCGCUGCCGCCCGCCACCCGCCGCCACCUGCCACCGCCGCCGCCGCCGCUGCCGCCGCCGCCGCCGCUGCCGCCGCCGCUGCCGCCGCCGCCGCCGCUGCCGCCGCCACUGCCGCCGCCGCCGCCGCCACGUGCCGCCACCGCCGCCGCCGCCGCCUG